AUGCAAUUUCUAAAGAAACGGGUGCAAGGUGCUUGACAGCGUGCACCACCCAUCAAGUCAUCCAUCCACUUAGCACGGCGUCGUUUUCAGACCCCGAAACAUUUAAAUGUUUUUGCCCUUAUUAUUUCCACACCAAUUACUUCUCAAUUCAAACACCAUCUCUUUAAACCAACGUACCUCAUGCAUCAAAAUAUGUACACCAACCUGUAACAACCAACUUUCGCUCUGGAAACCUCUCACAUUAUUUUAUUUCGUUUUCGUGCGUGUUAUACAGACGGUGACGACAAGUCAAGGACAAAUUCGCCGGUGAAUGGUGGCGCCGUGUGUUUCCUACCACAAAUCUUAAAAUAUUAUUAUCAUCAUCAUCAUUCAAUAAUUUCAAAUCGACUAUUAGAUCUGUAAAUCUGUUCAUCUGAUUCAAUUUUAUCUCACUGUUCGUAUCACAGAUCGAUUGAGAUCAAUAAUGGCUUCAUCUGCGGAUCUUUGGGUGAGGGAAUAUAACGAAGCCUCUAAACUAUCCGAUGACAUCAGCAACAUGAUAUCGGCAAGGAGUUCGUACGGCUCAGGGCCUGAAGCACAGCGCCAUUCGUCUGCUAUACGCAGAAAAAUUACCAUAUUAGGAACCAGACUUGAUAGCUUACAGUCUCUUCUUACAAAGCUUCCUGCUAAACAGCCAUUAACAGAGAAAGAGAUGAAUCGACGUAGAGAUAUGCUAACAAACAUGAGAACAAAAGUUACACAGAUGGCCUCUACGUUGAACAUGUCAAACUUUGCUAACAGGGACAGUUUACUCGGGCCAGAUACUAAGCCAGCUGAUGUAGUUAGCAGGACAGCUGGUUUGGACAACUCUGGCAUUGUUGGUCUUCAAAGACAAGUUAUGAGAGAGCAAGACGAAGGCCUAGAAAAACUGGAGGAGACAGUGCUAAGUACCAAACAUAUUGCAUUGGCGGUCAAUGAGGAACUUGAUUUGCACACUAGGCUCAUUGAUGACCUUGACGAACAUGUGGAUGUCACAAAUUCCCGACUCAAGGUUCUUAAGGGAUAUGGCAACUAUGUAGCACGGGGACUCCAUUUAUGUGGCCGUACCCGUAUCGGGUACUUGUCGGGGACGGAAAGACCAUGGGUACUCGUCAGGGACAUUUCCUAAACGUCUCCAAUGACGGGAACGUAUCUGAGAGUGCAAAAGAAUCUGGCGAUUCUGAAUAAACGCGCCAGGGGUGGCUGCUCGUGCUUAUGCAUGUUGAUAUCUGUUGUUGGGAUUGUUGUGCUGGUCGUUGCUAUAUAUAUGAUUCUAAAAUACUUGUGAUAAAGAAACAAAGGUAACAGUUUCUAUAUAUCUAUAUUUCAUGUCUGAGACAAGCUUCUCGACCUGUUUAUCUUUUGUUUCCACUUUUGAUAUCUGUUUGUACCAUAACUCGUGUUUUAAUUAAACAGCCUUUUGCGCAUAUUUACUUG